AAUGGCGUCUGCUUCUGUUAUUCAGUAAUAAAUUGUUGGUUUCAUCUGAAAUGUGAAAAAAGAUGUGACGUGUUAAUUUAUCAUUUCCAGAUUGGUGCACUCUGAAGUGUGGCAGGAACUUGCAAGCUUUAGUCACAGAGGAACCAACUCAUGUUUCUGAUCGCUUCUGAUGUUGUCCGUUUCAAGUCUCAUAUAAACAUAGCUGCUGAUUUACUGUCUUGUGAGGUUUCUGACAGAAAUGGUGCUACUGUGACCGACAAGGCUCUCUUGACUUGAGAGUUGUGCCAAUUAAUCUAUAAUGAACCUCCACUUGGAUCCUUGGAAUCGUAAAAAAGCCAUUGUGGAACUUCUCCUCGACAACCUGGCCCUGCAACAUUCAGCCCCAGUGCUAAACCACUUAGCCCCGGCUCCAAGUUGCCUGGCCUACACUUCCUUUCCUUACUGUGCCCCAGCCUACACUUCCGCUCCGUGGCUCUACGCUGCUCUACUCUGCCCCAGUGCUACACCACUUGGCCCCGGCUCCAAGUUGCUGUGCCCCGGCCUACACUUCCCCUCCGUGGCUCUACGCUGCUCUACUCUGCCCCAGUGCUACACCACUUGACCCCGGCUCUAUACAAGUCGGCUCUACAACAGUGCCACAGCCCUACGUCAUU